GGGAUGAAGCCAAAAAGAGGUCAUCGAGGCAGUCGCUCCACUCCACCGCACUUCCGUUGAACACGCCAGGUCUUCCAACACUAGCCCUCUUUCCUUCCUCUUCCAUUUUCUUCUCCGGCACGAUAACCCUUUCUUCUCCUUCUCGCUUCUCUCUUGUUAACUUUGCUUUCCACCAUUCUCAUUUUUUCGGCUCUUUGCGUCACUGUUGGUGUGAGUGGCGUUCAACCGCGAGGAAGAAGACGAUGGCUGCGUAUGAAGGUGAAGAGAAAAUGUUGGGGGUGUGUACGAUGAACAGGGAGAACGAUGAGAGGAAGAGGAUAAAGUUCGAAUAUAUGAUUUUAGGGGGUGCAGGAAGAAAAAUUGGGGUGCAGGAAGAAGAGGAUAGGAGUAACCCAUUCUCAUAGGUCCACCAAGCGCAGCCCAACCCAAACACGCUCAUCCACCCCUCUCUCACUCGCUCUCUCCAAACCGCUGAUCUAAGUCUCACAUUCUCUCAACAACACUAACUCACCCUGCAAGCCGCAGCACACUGCCUCACGCAACGGGUGUCGACGACGCCCGAAACAGAGAGCUUCGGCCUCCGCGAAGAACUGUGACGGCCUCCGCCCCGCGACCUAGAGUGGGUUUAUGUGGGUUAACAGCCCACCAAUGGUGGGCCGGAUCGGGUUCAACGUUUACAGCUUCCUUUCUGGUGGGCCGGGUCAGCCCAUUUAGAAAGUGGGCCAAAAUGGGCCGUACUGCAUAUACCUACACUAGGUAGCAGUGUCAGAAGAACAAACUAGAGCUUCUGCGUCUGCUGCUGCUUAUUCUCACGUAGUUGGAUUCCUCCCAGGGUGGUGGUGGUGGUGGUGGAGGUGCUGUCCCUUGUUCUUUUCAUUGGUGCAAAAAUGCCACAAGAUAUUACUUACCAACACCCUUUGUUUGGUGGCAAAAUAUCUUGCACGUUCCCCAACAGGUUCCAGGAUGUCAGCGACAUUCGAGAAGUCCCUGAUCAUCAGGAAGUGUUCGCCGACCCGAACCGAGACGAAAGCUUGAUCAUCGAGCUUUUAGAAUUCAGGCAUGACGUUGCUGAUAAUGAGAGUGCUGUAUGGUUUCUUCACGACCUUGCUAGUGAACAGGAUGCUGAAGGAACUCUGGUUGUUGAGCAGUCAGGAGUUCUGGAAGCACCAGGUUUGACGUACUACAAUACUCCUGCAGUUGUAACAACUGCAGUGGGUCAGAUGGCAAUUUCCAAAGGUCGGCAAGGAAGGGAAGCCCAAAAUAUUGUGAAAGUUUAUUUGGCAAAUUUGCGUCUUAAAGAAGUUGAUACCGACGUUCUAAUCACUGCAUACGAGCCAAUUGUUAUAAAUCCUUUGAGCGAAAGCGCAGACACAGUUGGUGCUGGUGUAGCCGUUCCAGCUGCUCAAGUUGGAUGUACGCCCAUGGAUGAGGUCUUUAAGCUGGCUGUUACAAGCUUCAGGGUUCUUGACUGGAGUCUUUUUUGAUGCAAGACCCUAGGUAUGCCGGGAGCAAGUUUUUGCUAAACUGUGUGGAGCCAGGCUUUAACCGUUUUUUAUUUUAGCGAAAUUUGGGAAAGGUGCAAAUACCAUUUUGAUCACUGUAUAUUCCUCAUGUGUUUUUUCUUUGGUCCGUAAGUACUCCAAUUUUUGGGCAUUUGGUCAUGUUUCAUGAUUUCACAUAGUUAACUUGUUUGGAUUGUUACUUGUAACUGGAUAGAAUGUGUUCGGAAAUGUCAGUGACUUUUCCCUUUAAGGAGGUGGUAGAUUGGAGUUUGUAAUAAUGGUUAACGUUACUUUAGAUGUUGCUUUAUACCCAGCAACCUGGGACAGGAACAACGUGCCUCCUGGAAGCACUGUGAUUGCAGCACAAAAGGGCCAUAGCCACCAGCUUGUACGUGGUAGGGUUAUCUAUUAUUGAGUUUUGGUGGGCAAAGUAGCUCUGGACAAAAUGAUGAAACACUUGAAGAGAAACUUGUAGACAAGCUUUGCCUACUAUGGACUUUCAAAUCAAUAGGUGACAGACAUGUUUCGUGUUAGAGAUGAACUUGCAUUUAAAAAUGUCUUUGUACAAGUCAGACAUCAAUUUCAGUACUAAGUUAUAGUAGAUAAUGAUAGGAUUUCAUGCAACAGAGUUAAAAAGACUCCGAUUCGUUUUAUGAAUAAACAAAUAUAUCUGAUCUUUGUUUU